AUGAGGAUGACAACAUUCGAGUAAAUCAAGAUGCCUCCUCUUAGUGCUGCGGCGGCCAUAAAGGCCCGCCAACAACAAAAGUUACAACAGCAGCAGCAGCAGCAGCAGCAGCAGCAGGAGCAACAACAAAAGCAGGAUCCAGCCCCUUCCAAUCCGACAACAAAUCUGGACAAUGUAGCAAACACUUCCGGCGGUUCCAGAAAGAAGAGAAAGAGAGACACGGCCUCGAAAGCGGAAAAGCAGCCAAAAUCCACGAUGCGGCAAGCUCUACGAAAUUUCGAAUAUCCGCCAGCAGAGCCGUCCGACUGGAAACCGAUCCUCGCACAACAAUCGCAAGUCGUCGAAACACUUGCGCAGUUAAAUGGCGGAAGUGGUACACUCGACGGGCACGUGAACAUGUCUGCAAAUGCAAAUGCAAUUGCAGCCAACCCACGACAGGGUUCGUCCGACUCUGACGACGUCGAAGACGGCGCGAUCCGGCUCUGGGGGGAUUCGGAAGAUGAGAGUGUCAUUGAAUCGAGCUCUGAGAGCGAGGAGGACCGGAGGGACCAGAUACCCAUGUCGCGGGCGAAACUGCGCAACACUCCACUAUCGACCGUGCAGCGCAAGAAAGAAAAGCUUCUUUCUGGAGAACAAACGGGCAUCUUGGUUCAACUGCGCCCAGGAGACUUUUAUACAGCAAUUGGGCAAUACGAUCUGCGAGUGCGAAAAGGCUCAGUGCGGAUCCUUGGAGCGGUGCUUACUCAGGGACCGGCUACAUAUCGAAUCUAUGCACCUUCGACACAUUCUCUACCGCAGAUUGAGUGCAUGCGCACCGCGACCAUAGCCGCUGAAGUCGAGCUAUACCAUUGCAAACAUACAAUGCGGUCCCUUGGAAAGUUAUCGCCCAGAUUCGGUCGAAUAUGGACAGAUCAAUCUACCACGCUGGCAGGGGCAACGAUCGCAGCCUGCUCCUUUACACCCCUCUACACCUCCGCAGAUGAUCCUCUAAAACGGCCUCUCGAGCCCCUCGUCCUCAGCCCGGAAUGGGAAUCAGCAGUGCCCAAACUCUGCGACUCGUCAGAACGUGCUCCCGUGCUUUUAGUCUGCGGGCCAAAAUCCUCUGGCAAAUCAACAUUCAGCCGCAUACUGACAAACUUCCUAUUAACUGUCCGCGGAAAGGGAACAUCAUCCGCCACCGCAACAACCCCAGUAGGCAACGCACCAAACGGCCGACGACGAGAAGACGGAGUCGCCCUCCUCGAUCUCGACCCCGGACAGCCCGAGUUCUCCCCGCCCGGCCACGUCUCCCUCGUUCACUUACGCUCGCCCAAUUUCGGCCCACCAUACACUCACCCCGUCGUGCCUUCUACCAGCGGCAGUCGCAUCGUGCGCGCACAUAGUCUGGCCGCCAACACGCCGAGCGAAAAUCCAGCCCACUACAUGGCGUGCGCCAUGGAUCUCAUCAGCCACUACUACCGCCUCCGACAAACCCACCCCACCUGCCCGAUUGUCAUCAAUUGCCCGGGCUGGAUCCUCGGCCCCGGCGUAGACAUCAUGGUCGAAUUCAUCCAACGCUUCAACCCCACUGCCGUCGCAUACAUGAGCGAUUCCGGCCUCGAAGACAUCACGCAACUCCUCAAAGACGCUACUGGCCGCGCACCCUUCUAUCGGCUCCCCUCGCAGCCCUCCCAGCUCAUCGGCCGAACUCCCAAAGAGCUCCGCAUGAUGCAGACCCUUUCUUAUUUCCACAUGGACACGCCACGGCAGGAUGGUUUGACUUCCCGAUGGGACUCCACCCCCCUGACCAAUAUCCGCCCCUGGGUCGUCCAGUAUCAGGGCCCCAACCCAGGAAUCGCAGGCAUAUUAGUCCUCGGCGAAACCCAACCGCCUGAGCUUCUCUCAACCAUCCUCGACGGCGCCCUCGCGUCUGUCGUCGUCCUCGAACACGAUGAUGCCUUGCCCGGCACGUCCUACCUGCGCCGCAAACCUAAAGGUUCCUAUGGCGACCCUGACGCUUUUGACGAAUACAGAGACGAAAAACCAUCAUCCAGGGAACCGGACGCCGAACCCGACCCCGAGUCCGAAUCCGAAUCCGAAAUACAACGUUUCAUAUCCUCUACUCCCACAUCCCGCCGAGAUCAUCCUCUAGUCUAUCGCACCCAGGCAGAAAACUUACCGUACAUCUCCAACGGCGCACACUGCGCGAUCCCUCCCGACCCAGAAAAAUCACAUACCCUCGGCCUCGCACUCGUGCGCGGCAUCGACGUCCAGAAUGGCGCGCUUCAUCUCCUCACGCCGAUCACCCCCGAGGAUAUUGUUCGUCAUACUCGGCCUGAGCCUGAUGUCCAUUCUGUUCAUUUUUCUUCUCAUUCAUCUUCGUCAUCUUCUUCAUCUUCUUCAUCUUCAUCAUCGACGCCGUUGGAUAACAACGAGGACCAUUCCAUGGAUGCAGAUGCCGAUGCCGACGAAAACACUCUUUCCCGCCAGCCCCCCGAAAAAUCCCGCACCGCCCGCGCAUCCCGCACGCGCAGCCGUUCCGCCUCCGCAAAAGAAAUCAUCCUCGUCCUAGGCCGCCUCGAUACGCCCGACUGGGCGUACCAAGAGGACUACGCUGUCGCUGCGCAUGCUGAAAAGAGUCGUGAGGCUGCUGCUGGUGGAGGAGGAGGAGGAGGUGACGGCGCAGUCGACGACUCCCUGCUCGACGCAUAUCAUGGCCAAGUCCCCUGGAUCCGAAUCCUCAAGGGCAAAGAAGGGAAAGCGGCCGGUGAUAAAGUCUGGCGAGUCACGCGACAUUUGCGGACGUAGCCUUUAGCCUUUUACCAUGUUGAUCAUGUUUACUUGCUUUAUCUUCUUUUGCUUACCUAGGUAGGCGUAGAAUAGCAUAGCAUAGCAACACUCUGAGCGUAGGCGAAAUUAACUAUUGACCAAGCAUAGCAUUGGCAAACGGGAACAACCAUAU